UGCGCACGUCCAGCACCAGUAACGAUGGAGCCGCUGGAGCUCGAGCUCUCGCCCGUGCAGAAGAAGAUGGCCCAGCCCAAGUCGCCCAAUAGUGUCGACACUUCUAAGAGCCGUCGCUUGCCCGCCGAGGUGCGUCGGGCGCGACACCGCGACCGCAUGCAGCGCCAGCGUCUGGCAGAGAAGAAGAGCAUCGAAGUCAAACGUGUGGAGGUCGAGCGCCUCACGCGCGAGUUAGAACACGCUAUCAAGCGGCUCUCCACCGAGUUACAGGAGAAAAGCAUUGACGAAGGGCACGGAGUCGAGGUGUCGUCUAGCUUAGAAGACAGUUCCAAAAAUUUAGAUGACAAGGACGAAGUCUGGAAAGGUCAGAGCACGGCCGCCAGACUCGUGCAGCAACGGUAUUUAAGCUUGGUGCUGAAGCAAGGCACGAUCACGGAAGAGAACCGACGACUGACCGAGAGGUUCCGCGAAUGGCAAAAGUUUACCAAGUUAUUAGGCGUGGAACACGAGCGGCUACCCAAACAUAGUGUUGACUCGGAAGAGCUGCUCGUACCGGAAGGAGGAGCAGGACGCUGGAUCGUCUUCUCCGAGGACGAACCUGUUAUUUUCUACCAGCCUAUUGCACGCAACACGUGCCUUGAACUCGCCUUUACCACAUACCAACGUAUGCAGGAAAUGCUACGUGGUCCCGGUGCUAGGACACUGUACAAUGAAGCGUUCGGCUGGAAAGUUUACUUCUCCAUGCAUGAGGACAAUAUGAGCAAAAUACGCAUGCAACAUCGAUUCACUAAGAGAAUCAGCGCGAUAGAUGCCAAUGGAGAACGCGUCACGGGGGAUACACUAGCGAAGGCAACGUGGAAAAUCAUCAGUACGCCGGAACUGUACUCACAGAUGUAUCGCAGUCCAAUGACGUCGAAAAUGCUGCAGAAUGUGGACGCACACACGAGUGUUCUGAUGCGUACAUUUCCAGAUGCAAACGCAGUGAUGCGCAUGCGUUUCGUGUGCCUGGUCGUACAGGUUCAGGACUGUGUGAUCGACCAGAGUCCGGGCAACUGGAAGAGUGAUACCAGACGUCGCGUGACGAUGCUGACCUCUAUCCUCGACCCGGACAAGUGUUUCCCUCGUGCCAACACCCACUCGCCCAACCCAAAGGUAGAAUGGAUGCGUGAAGGCAUGAGCUAUUUGUCGUUUACGGAGAUCGACGAGGACAACAGCGUCGAGAUCGAGUAUGGAGGCCUCACAAAUGUGGACAGCGUGACAGCCUCGUGCACAGGUCUGCCAUUCGUAACUAUGAAUAUGGGCGAAGCGCUCGUACGCUGGGAGCAGCUUGUGACACCCAUGCGUACACUGUCGAUCACCGAAAAGUAACUUGUUAGUAGGUCUGUCCAUAAAUUAAUUCAUGAUUGUGUCCGAGUCGUACUGUAA